AUGUCCGAGGUCGCAUCACGGUCGUCCGCCACGCGUGGCAGAGGCUCUGGCCGAGGCGGUAGAGGAGGUUUCGCCGGUCGAGGCGGCCGCUCCAGAACCAAUGGCGACAAGUCAGACCACAAGGACGAAAACCUCGGUGCAUUCGAAGACGAGGGCGAGUUUGCCGAGCUGCGCAAGCAGUACGGCGAUAAAACAUCUGUCAUCCGCGAGAUGUUCCCCGACUGGUCCGAGGCCGACGUCCUUUUUGCCCUCCAGGAGACAAACGGCGACGAGAACGAAGCUGUCGCACGUAUUGCUGAAGGCACCGUCUCCCAGUGGGGCGAGGUCUCAAAGCCCAAGAAGACCAUCCGCACAAAGGCGAAGGAGACGACGACCGCUGCUGCCGGCGAGCCGGCUGCGUCAAGCUCGCGAUCUGCUCGUGGCGGACGGGCUGUCGCUGAGGCCGGCCGCGGUCGAGGCCGAGGUUUUGAAAGAGGUGCUCGUGGUGGCGCUGGCCGUGGCCGGUCAUCCCAACCCAGCACCAACGGCACUCGUAACAAGGAGAACCAACAGCUCUCGGUCCCAACUGAGGAAUCCCCAGCAUGGGAUAGUCCCAAAUCGAAAGAUGACAAGCUUGAGCUCAAGAGUACUACUGCCGACAAGUCUGCUCCUGUCGAACCUGCCAAGCCAGCAGCUCCCGCAGCCAAGACGUGGGCCAGCAUGCUUCGUCAGUCGACCGCCCUCAACCCCACGCCUACUGCUCCCAAGGAAGUUCCUGCGUCGAAGCCCGUUGACCUCGAAGCCCAGCCUGUACCCGAGCCUGUCCCCGCCGAGCCCGGACUUGUUGAGCCUACAGAAGAAGAAACCACCCCUGUGGCCCAACGAGCCGUUCCCGUCCCCGCCUCCGCCUCUGUCAUUGCUACUGAACCCGAAGCUACCCUGCCACCAAGCAAGGACGAACUCACCGAGACAAAUCUUGAACAGGUUGUUGACGCCUCCAAUCCACCCGCGACUGGCACAGCUGCUAGCACCGCUGCUGACUCUUGGGACCCGCGACAGAGCCCCAUUAGUUCUUCCACCACCCCCAUCUCGGCUGCUCACCACCAGCACCAGGCUCAGCGGACUGCUGCAAGCGGGUAUGCCGCAUCAGCGAUCAAGGCAACUACUGAACGGUCGGCUCGUGCUCCUAGCUUCCAACGACGAGUUUUGGAUCAAGAAGAGGCUGUUCGCAUGCCGGGCAACCGCGAGGUGGAUCGAGCUGCUGUUAAGUUCGGAGCUUUCAGCCUGAAUGACGGUGACGAGGAUGUUGAUGGCGAGCGUGAGGAAGCAGAGACCCGGGCUCAACCGCCGGCGGACUCCCCUGUUGCUCAUCCUCGUGCUUCUCUUCCUCCGGUUUCUCAACCUGUCGCCGUUCCUGAAUCGUUCUCUCAGAAGACUACUGGUAUCGUUCCCUCAGCCGUCACCGGAGCUGUUCCCACCGCUCCCGCUGCCGCUCAGGCCUCUGCUACCACUGCAACUCAACAAUUCGGUCGAUUUGUGCCCCCAGACUCUGCCGCAGCCACUCAGAAGCCUCUCGAUCCCUUCAACGCUGCCCAGCCUGCGCCUUCCUCCCAGCCUCAGUUCGACAGCUUCGCCACCCAGACUACGCAACCCCAAGCUCAGCAGCCUGGCGCAGCUUUUACGUCUACCCCAUCCGACUACUCCAACUACUACACUGCCAAUCAGCAGGAUCGAAACACCUACAACGUUUACGGGCAGCAGUACGGCGCCCAGCAAGCUGCUCAUGGCCAGCACGACGGUGUUUCCCAGCAGCGUCCUUUUGCCGGCUACAAUGUUGCUGACAACCUUAGCCAAUACCCGCAGAGUGGCUCUCUGCACAAUCAGCCUAGAUUUGGUGGUUCGAAUGAAAGCCAAAACAGCGGCCACUCAACUCCCAAUCCCGCAGCUCAAGCCCAGCAACAAGGCCAGCAGGCUCAACAGGCCCAGCAAGCCCAGCCGUCCCAGCAGCCUCAGCAGGGAGCACCUGGCUCGCAGCCUCAGUCUCAUGGGCAGUAUCCUGGAUACAAUCAUCCUUAUUACAGCAACCCUUACUAUCAUCAGUACUACUCUGGCUACGGGCAAGGCGGUUUUGGUCCUUAUGGCGGCAAGGGCGGAAUGUAUGGUCAACCUUAUGGAAUGUCCCCCAACGCGCCAUAUGACCAUGCGUCGUCCCCUAGCACUUUUGGCGGCCCAUCUUCGCUUCACCGAGAUAGCAGCCUUGGCUCUGGCCUCGGUGAGUACGGUCGCGCUGCGUCUGGCCAGGCGGGUAGCCAGCCCGGUUUGGGUGGCAGCAGCUUCGGCGGCGCCCACGAGAGUUUUGCUCGUGGCACCUCUUCUUUCCAGUCUCAAAACCAGUCUUUUAACAGCCAGACCCAGGCCCCAGCAUCUGGCUCCGCCGACGACUUGAAACACUUCGGUGACGCUAAAACGGCCGCCUCUGGGCCCUCCCCUUCUCUAGCGGGCGGACCUCGGCCCGGAUCUGCUACCAACAACGCCCCGAGUGGCGGCCAAAGCGGUCUCCCGCCUCCUCAGAACUCCCAGAUGGGCGGCGCUUAUGGCGGAUAUCCAAGCCAUCUCCAGGGACACAACCUUCAUGGCAGUACCUAUGGAAUGGGCGCCGGAGCGGGGGCCAGCCAACACGGCAACACUCCCUAUGGAUCUUACGGACAGGGCUUUGGCAGCGGCGGUUACUACGGAGGCGGGCAGCAACAGCGUGGCGGCUGGGGCGGAAACUACCAUUAG